AGAGAAACAUACAUCAAAACAACUUUAAUAACUUGACUGCAUUAUAUUUCUAGAGUGCAAAUAAUUAAAGAAUCAUGGAGAAAGGGAAAUCUCUGUUGCAGAAAUAUCAAAUACCAAUAAGCAAUUUGGAUUUUGGCUAUGUGGAAAAAUGUGAAAACGCACGCGAAAUGGAAAAGAUUGUGAUGAUUUUGCGUUCCGGCGAAGAAGGCUACUUUCCAGAUCUUACGCGCUGUGCCGAGGAUAAGCUUAAAAAACUGAAGCCGGAUAGCAAAUUGUUUCGCACCGAGGAGAAAAUACAACAAAGCAACGUGUUAGCCAAGCACGAAUUAAAACCCAUAUAUGACUGGACGAAUGAAAUUAAGAAUAAGGACAAUGUACUAAGUGAGCUCAAGGAGGAAGAUACUGUUCCAUCGCUGGAUAUACCUCCCGUGCGAAAGACUACCAAAAUAGAUAUUGACAAGGAUGAAACUGAGACUUCUAAAAAUAAGCCGGCGCCUAAGGCAAGCGCAAAGCCGCAACCCAAAUCAACGAAUGAGCAACGCAUCAAGUCGACGGAUUACAGCAAAUGGGAUAAAUACGAUCCGGAUGAGGAAAUAUUACGUAUGGACUUGGAACAGGAACGCGAAAAGGAGCAGGCACAAAUAAAGCUAAAAAAUAUAAUUAAAACCAAAAAAGAGGACCAGAUGGAGAUUAGCGAGGAGAGCACUGAACAGCAGCGUCUGAACGCACAAAUCGCGAAACUAAGUCAGGUCGAGCGCGAGCAAUAUGCCGAGAAAUUUCGCUUGCGCGGUAACGAGUACUUUAAGGCCAAGGAGUAUGACAAUGCCGUUAGGGAGUACAGUCGUGCUAUAACUUUCGAUCCGGCACAGGCUGCACGCUCCUAUAACAAUCGCGCCAUCUCGUAUUUGAAGCUAAAUAACUAUUUACUAGCCAUAAAGGACUGUGAAGCCUGUCUUCGACUCGAGCCAGACAAUGUAAAGGCGCUUUUGCGUCUGGCUGAUGCGAACUACAGCCAGGGAUAUCGUCGUGAGUCAUAUGGAAUCUAUCAACGUGUAUUGGAACUGGAGCCCAAUAAUAUAAGCGCGAAGAAAUCUUUGGAGCAAUUGCGUCAACAGGUGGGCGAGUUGGCUCCCGCGCAUGCUACGCGCAUGGUCAUAGAGGAGCUUCCAUCAGAUACAACUCCAACUACCAAGAAACCAGCAGCUCCAAAGCCAGCAACUGCAAAGCCAGCAACUCCAAAGCCAGCUACUCCAAGUCCAGCAACUGUGGAGCCUGUGAAGCUGCCCAAGGACUAUGACCUGGCCGAGCUGGUCAAGCCGAAUCGUGUGAUUAAAAGUAAAAUAGCUACUGCUGCCGAAGCCCUGGGUGGCACAUUGAAAGGUUCAAACUCCAUUGCCAACGCGCAGAAACAGCAGAUGCAGCACAUGAUGCAGAAGGUGGCCUCGGCACAGGGCCAGCUGCGUCUGCCCCAGAGCCCUUGUUCAGGUUCCACAAACAACAAGCUCCUAAUACAGGAGCUAUAAUAACAAAAGCAUUUAUUUAUAUUUGCCAAGGGGGAUCG